AGGAUGAAUGUAAAUUGUUGUGAAGUAUGAGAUAGGGACUCUGUUUUAUUUACAGGAGCGGGUGGGUGAGUUUCUCUGGCCUGCAAUGUGCAGGAGGUCCAACUAGAUGAUCAUGAUGGUCUCUGCUGACCUUAGUCUGAGUCUAUUCAAUGUAUAUUACAGUUUUACAGCCUUCAUGAUUAGUUCUAAGCAGUAAAAUGUCUGAUGUUAAAGAGAUGAGACACUAUUUUUGUUUGGUUGCAGAACAUGAAGCACGUGUGCACCUUCCUCUGUUCAAUGCCUGGAGACAGGACAGAACUGUUAACUUGCCAUAAAUAUUAACUAAGGUGAAAAUUCUGUGCUCCCUGUGCAUGUGCGCAAUGCCCUUUGGAGAGUGAUAUCUCUCAGUUCACUCUUGCUCUGUCCCUCAUGCAGUUGUCUGCACAAGUAUAAAGUGGCUAUAAACUGCUACCAAAUCAGAAUGCAAUGGAGAAUCAGCCCCGUCAUGUCCAAGAGAUCAGAGAAUUGUGGGGAAACCAAUGAGAUAGUUAAAUGGAAAAAAAUUAUAUGAAAAAAUGUCUCUCUCUCCAUCUCCUGUGACUGCUGGAUGUUAUCUUGGCUCUUGUCCUAUCUAGCUGAUAGUGAAUAGAUCACUGGCUGGAAAUUAUUCUCAUUAGAAUUGUCUCUAUAUUGCAGUGAAUUUUACAAAGAUGUUUUCAUACUGAACUAAAGAGCCAAUUUAGCGUGUCCCUUUCUUCCUUGACUUCACCCUACAUUAUUUAGCAUGAUCAUUAUGUGCACUAUUUUGACCAACUGUGUAUUCAUGACUUUUAGUAACCCACCUGAAUGGUCGAAGAAUGUGGAGUACACAUUCACUGGUAUUUAUACAUUUGAAUCACUUGUGAAAAUUAUUGCAAGAGGUUUCUGCAUAGAUGGUUUUACUUUCCUUCGUGAUCCAUGGAACUGGCUAGAUUUCAGUGUCAUCAUGAUGGCAUAUGUCACAGAGUUUGUGGAUCUUGGGAAUGUCUCAGCAUUGAGAACUUUCAGAGUUCUCCGAGCUUUGAAAACUAUCUCUGUUAUUCCAGGCUUGAAGACCAUUGUGGGUGCCCUAAUUCAGUCUGUGAAGAAACUGUCAGAUGUAAUGAUUUUGACAGUGUUUUGCCUCAGUGUCUUUGCUUUAAUCGGCCUGCAGCUGUUUAUGGGCAAUUUGAGGAACAAGUGUGUAAUAUGGCCAAUUAACCUCAAUAAGAGCCUCCUAGAGAAUGGCACCAGGGGGUUUGACUGGCAAGAAUACACCAACAAUGUCUCAAACUUUUACACAAUCCCUGGAGCCCUUGAUCCGUUGCUCUGUGGUAACAGCUCAGAUGCAGGCCAGUGUCCAGAGGGUUACACAUGCAUGAAAGCAGGAAGGAAUCCAAACUAUGGCUACACAAGCUUUGACACUUUCAGCUGCUUUCUAGCCUUAUUUCGCCUUAUGACUCAGGAUUUUUGGGAAAACUUGUAUCAGUUAACAUUGCGAGCAGCAGGAAAAACGUACAUGAUAUUCUUUGUCCUGGUUAUCUUUGUGGGUUCAUUUUAUCUGGUCAAUCUGAUCUUGGCUGUGGUAGCCAUGGCUUAUGAAGAGCAGAACCAGGCCACGCUGGAGGAAGCGGAGCAAAAGGAAGCAGAAUUCAAGGCCAUGUUGGAACAGCUGAAAAGGCAGCAGGAAGAUGCGCAGGCUGCUGCCAUGGUCACUUCGGCAGGGACGGUCUCAGAAGAUGCUGUGGAGGAUGAUGGCAGGGGGAGGGUGUCUCAGAGCUCUUCUGAGAUUUCCAAACUCAGCUCUAAGAGUGACAAGGAGCGGCGGAACAGGAGGAAGAAACGGAAGCAGAAGGAGCUCUUGGAAGGAGAGGAGAAGGGUGACAACGAGAAGGUGUUCAAGUCUGAAUCUGAGGAUGGAAUGAGGAGAAAGGCUUUUAGGCUGCCAGACAACAGGCUGGGAAGGAAAUUUUCCAUCAUGAAUCAGUCCCUUCUCAGCAUCCCAGGCUCCCCUUUCCUCUCCCGGCACAACAGCAAGAGCAGCAUCUUCAGCUUCAGAGGGCGCUUCCGUGAUCCAGGCUCAGAGAACGAAUUUGCUGAUGAUGAGCACAGCACGGUGGAGGAGAGUGAAGGCAGGAGAGACUCCCUUUUCGUCCCCUUCCGUGGCCGGGAACGGAGAAGCAGCUACAGUGGUUACAGUGGCUACAGCCAGGGCAGCCGGUCCUCACGGCUCUUCCCCAGCAUCCGCCGGAAUGUGAAAAGGAACAGCACAGUGGAUUGUAAUGGCGUGGUGUCCCUUAUUGGCGGCCCAGCAUCUAAUAGGCCCAUGGGACGCCUUCUGCCUGAGGUGAAAAUAGAUAAGGCAGCUACUGAUGACAGUGGUACUACCGAGGUGGAAAUUAAAAAGAAACCUACCGGGUCUCUCUUGGUCUCAAUGGAUCAACUGAAUGCAUCCUAUGGAAGAAAGGAUCGAACCAACAGUAUAAUGACUGUUUUAACUAAUACCCUUGUAGAAGAGUUGGAAGAGUCCCAGAGGAAGUGCCCCCCCUGUUGGUACAAAUUUGCCAACACCUUCCUGAUCUGGGAGUGCCACCCACAUUGGAUCAAGCUGAAAGAGAUAGUGAACAUGAUUGUCAUGGAUCCCUUUGUCGACCUGGCCAUUACCAUCUGUAUUAUACUGAACACUUUGUUCAUGGCGAUGGAACACCAUCCCAUGACCCCUGAGUUUCAAGAUGUUCUGACUGUAGGAAAUCUGGUUUUCACUGGAAUUUUCACAGCAGAAAUGUUCCUGAAGCUCAUAGCCAUGGACCCCUACUAUUAUUUCCAAGAAGGUUGGAACAUUUUUGACGGAUUUAUUGUCUCCCUCAGUUUAAUGGAACUGGGUCUAGCAGACGUGGAAGGGCUUUCAGUGCUGCGAUCUUUCCGAUUGCUGAGAGUCUUCAAGUUGGCGAAGUCCUGGCCCACUCUGAACAUGCUGAUAAAAAUCAUUGGCAACUCAGUGGGUGCCUUGGGAAACCUGACCUUGGUGCUAGCCAUCAUCGUGUUCAUCUUUGCUGUGGUGGGCAUGCAGCUCUUUGGCAAGAGCUACAAGGAAUGUGUCUGCAAGAUCAACGUGGAGUGUGUGCUACCCCGCUGGCACAUGCACGAUUUCUUCCACUCCUUCCUUAUUGUCUUCCGUGUGCUGUGUGGGGAGUGGAUUGAGACUAUGUGGGAUUGUAUGGAAGUGGCAGGACAGGCCAUGUGCUUGAUUGUCUUCAUGAUGGUCAUGGUCAUCGGGAAUUUAGUGGUGCUGAACCUGUUCUUGGCUUUGCUGCUGAGCUCUUUCAGUGCAGAUAACUUAGCAGCAACAGAUGAUGAUGGGGAGAUGAACAACCUGCAAAUAGCAGUCAUUCGCAUCAAGCAGGGAAUCGCCUGGAUCAAGGUGAAAGCACAUGAGUUCAUGCAGGCGCAUUUCAAGCAGAGAGAGGCAGAUGAGGUCAAACCCUUGGACGAGUUGUAUGAAAAGAAGGUGAACUGCAUCGCUAACCACACAGGGGCUGAUAUCAACAGGGACAUUGAUUAUCAAAAGAAUGGCAAUGGCACCACCAGCGGGAUUGGGAGCAGUGUGGAGAAAUACAUCAUAGAUGAAGACCACAUGUCCUUCAUCAAUAACCCCAAUCUCACCGUUCGGGUACCCAUUGCUGUGGGUGAGUCAGACUUUGAAAACCUCAACACAGAAGACUUCAGCAGCGAUACAGAUCCCAAUGGCAGCAAGGAGAAACUGGAUGAUACUAGCUCUUCUGAGGGCAGCACCAUUGAUAUAAAGCCAGAGGUAGAGGAAGUCCCUGUGGAGGCACCAGAAGAAUAUCUGGACCCAGAUGCAUGCUUCACAGAAGGUUGUGUGCAGCGCUUUAAGUGCUGUCAGGUCAGUAUUGAAGAUGGGCUGGGCAAAUCCUGGUGGAUCUUGAGGAAGACCUGUUUUCUGAUUGUGGAGCACAACUGGUUCGAGACUUUCAUCAUCUUCAUGAUCCUACUGAGCAGUGGAGCCCUGGCCUUUGAGGAUAUUUACAUAGAACAGAGAAAGACCAUCCGGACCAUGCUGGAGUAUGCAGACAAGGUCUUCACCUACAUUUUCAUUCUGGAGAUGUUGCUGAAGUGGUGCGCUUAUGGAUUCGUCAAGUUCUUCACCAACGCCUGGUGCUGGCUGGAUUUCCUCAUUGUGGCUGUCUCUUUAGUCAGCCUUGUAGCUAAUGCCCUGGGCUACUCGGAACUAGGUGCCAUAAAGUCCCUUAGGACACUAAGAGCUUUGAGGCCUUUAAGAGCGUUGUCCCGAUUUGAGGGGAUGAGGGUGGUUGUCAACGCCCUGGUUGGCGCUAUCCCUUCCAUUAUGAAUGUGUUGUUGGUCUGCCUUAUCUUCUGGCUGAUUUUCAGCAUUAUGGGGGUUAACCUGUUUGCUGGAAAAUACCAUUACUGCUUUAACGAGACAUCUGAGGAGCGCUUCGAAAUAGAGAUAGUUAACAACAGGACUGAUUGUGAAGCACUGAUGCUGCCCAACUCCACUGAGAUCCGAUGGAAGAAUGUGAAAAUUAACUUUGACAAUGUUGGGACAGGAUACCUGGCUCUUCUCCAAGUUGCUACUUUCAAGGGCUGGAUGGAUAUCAUGUAUGCAGCGGUAGAUUCCAGAAAGCAAGAAGAGCAACCCAAGUAUGAGGACAACAUCUACAUGUACAUCUACUUUGUAAUCUUCAUCAUCUUUGGCUCCUUUUUCACCCUGAACUUGUUUAUUGGUGUCAUCAUUGAUAACUUCAAUCAACAAAAGAAAAAGUUUGGAGGUCAGGAUAUCUUCAUGACAGAAGAGCAAAAGAAAUACUACAAUGCCAUGAAAAAACUGGGCUCAAAGAAACCUCAGAAACCUAUUCCCCGGCCUCUGAACAGCGUCCAAGGAGCUGUCUUUGACCUUGUCACUCAGCAAGCAUUCGAUAUAAUCAUCAUGAUGCUCAUCUGCUUCAACAUGGUGACCAUGAUGGUGGAAACAGACACACAGAGUAGCCAGAUGUCAGACAUCCUCUGGUGGAUCAACCUGGUGUUUGUCAUCCUCUUCACCUGUGAGUGCGUGCUGAAGAUGUUUGCUUUGCGGCACUAUUAUUUCACCAUUGGAUGGAACAUUUUUGACUUCGUGGUCGUGAUUCUGUCUGUCGUGGGAAUGUUCCUGGCUGAUCUCAUUGAGAAGUAUUUUGUGUCACCCACUCUCUUCCGAGUCAUCCGACUGGCCCGUAUUGGCCGCAUCCUGCGUCUGAUCAAAGGGGCCAAGGGGAUCCGCACCCUGCUUUUUGCCUUAAUGAUGUCCUUGCCUGCCUUGUUCAACAUUGGCCUCUUGCUGUUCCUGGUCAUGUUUAUCUUCUCCAUCUUUGGCAUGUCGAACUUCGCCUAUGUAAAGCACGAGGCCGGCAUAGACGACAUGUUCAACUUUGAGACCUUCGGCAACAGCAUGAUCUGUUUGUUCCAGAUCACUACCUCGGCUGGCUGGGAUGGCUUGCUGUUGCCUAUCCUGAACCGGCCGCCGGACUGUGACCUAGAUAAGGAGCACCCCGGGAGUAGCUUCAAGGGAGAUUGUGGUAACCCUUCCGUGGGGAUCUUUUUCUUCGUCAGCUACAUCAUCAUCUCCUUUCUGAUCGUAGUGAACAUGUACAUCGCCAUCAUUCUGGAGAACUUCAGUGUAGCCACAGAGGAGAGUGCUGACCCGCUGAGCGAGGACGACUUUGAAACCUUCUAUGAGAUCUGGGAGAAGUUUGACCCUGAUGCCACACAGUUCAUUGAGUACUGCAAGCUGGCAGACUUUGCUGAUGCUUUGGAGCACCCACUCCGUGUCCCUAAGCCUAACACUAUCGAACUCAUCGCCAUGGACUUGCCUAUGGUAAGCGGGGACAGGAUCCACUGCCUGGACAUCCUAUUUGCCUUCACCAAGCGUGUGCUGGGGGACAGUGGGGAGCUGGACAUCCUGAGGCAGCAGAUGGAGGAAAGGUUUGUGGCGUCUAACCCUUCCAAAGUGUCUUACGAGCCCAUCACGACCACGCUCCGGCGCAAGCAGGAAGAUGUCUCGGCAGUGGUUAUCCAACGGGCUUACAGGGUUCGCUUAGCAAAACGGGGCUUUAUUUUCCGGAAGUCUGCCUCUAUUAAGCUGGAAAAUGGAGGAACAAAUCGGGAGAAAAAAGAAGGCACCCCAUCCACUGCAUCCCUCCCAUCCUAUGACAGUGUAACUAAACCUGAAAAGGAGAAACAGCUGCGGGUGGAGGAAGGAAGACGAGAACGAGCAAAAAGACAAAAAGAUUUCAAGGAGUCCAAGUGUUGAGACAAACAAAAAUAUGUUGUACAUAUUUUUAAAAAUUUGCAAGUGAAAAAGAUUGUUUACAAACGUCACAAAAAUAUAUCAAUACAGAACAGUUAAGGAGACACCUGAAGAUCUUAUACCAAACAAUCUGCUUAUUGUGUGACAAAGUUGCAUCUAAAAGCAGUGACCUACCACCUGUUUAAAGGACCCUUCUAAAUGAACAUUUAAAAAGGAAAAAAAAAGAUUUUCUAUUGUUUGGGCAGGUGGCUACUGCAUGUUCCACAUCAAUCAAUGCAACUUGGGACAAACAAGCAAAAUAAAAAACACACACACACACUAAAAAACAAAACCUGCUGCUUGGAUUAAUAUAUCGCCCAAAGCAGCCAAAAAUUGAUUUUAUUUUCUCAUUUUGUUGAUUAUCAAAAGAAAACCCAGAAGUCACAAUGUUAAAGGGUUUGUUUGUUCAUGCAAAACUAAUUUGCAUUCCUGCAUUUAGUUAAGCAGAAAAAGUAAUAAUAAUAAUAAAAAAGGCAAAAUAAAAACUGAACAAAAAAAAAACAAAAAACCACCCAUUUAGCCCAUGCCAUUUGAUUGUCAUAGUUUAUUUGGUAUUUAUUAUCUGCAUACUACUUUCUACAUGGGCUUUACUUGGUUUGGGAGAUGGGGUAAUCAGGUAUCUUCAGCCUGGAAACUUGCUCAGGCUGAUUUAAAAAAAAAUUGUGCUUGUUCAAUGCAUAGAAAUGAUUUGCAUGAUGGCAUGCUGUGACCAGGAAUCAUGCAUGAAGAAUCAUUAAACCACAAGACACUCAAUACUCUUCUACAACAGUUGGUUAAGCCAUAAGUUCGAGGCACUCCACUGACUACCACACACUGUAUUUGGAGGUUAACCUUAAAUAUAAUCAUGCCCUUCACUAAUAUUUACCAAUUUGUAACAAUUUCUUUCAUACACCCUCCAGUAGGAAAAAAAUGAAACAAGCAGAUGGGGUGUGUGUGUGUGUGUGUGUGUGUGUGUGUGUGUGUAACAACCUGUCUUUUCCAUACAGCCAUCUUUUGCACAUUUAAACAAAUAAUCAUACAGAAAGAAAAACCUAAAUAUUGCUCUGGAUCCCAUUUGAGGGGGGAAUAUAUAAUAUUCAAGAAUGGCACUGCAAAACCAAAAUCUAGGGCUUAAAAAAUACCAGUCAACAAGGUCAUUUGUGUCCUGUAAUAUUAAUUAUUAUUCAGCCACCAUACUGCAGCAGACACUUUUUAUUGUAGAGAGAACAGUGCUUCAGAGGAAAUAGCAUAUUGCCUCUGCAGGUGCAAUUUUGGGAACUUGGAUAAAGCAAUCUUAAAUGGGAGACGUGUAACUCACAGAGUUUAAUUGUGUCCCACAUUCAUCAGAGUUGUUGCUUUCUUGGGGUGGCAGCGGGGGCUGAGACCCAAGUGGAUUUGUGAAACUCUGAAGUUUUCAUUAUAUUCUUCUAUCAUUACUACUUUCUGAAGCUUGCACUUUGAUGAUUCAUGGUUUUCCUUGCUUCUGUAGCCACAAGGUUUUUAAACGAAGUGGAACACAUUUCAGUUGACAAUAAAAUAGCAAUGUGACAUGGGGCAUGGUGCUGAAGGCCAGGUGUCUGAUGUCAUGUGCCUUCACCUUUUUUCCGUUUCAUACAUUAUCGUACUGUAGUAACUAAAAGGUCCUGCAGAUUUGGAUAGACGCUAGAGCUACCUCUCAACUAGUCUAAUCACUGAGUGGUAAAGCAUUCUGUGGAAAUGUUACCAGGAAAACUCAAACUUUUGUGUUUCUUCAUAAGGAUAUGAGACCCUUUAAUAUUCUGUUUCAGUGUUGUCUUCAAUCAAUAAGUCAGCUGUCAAUCACCAAUCUAGGUGAUAUUUUCUUCAAAGCAGCCUUGGGGAAUAGAUCUUGCCAAUGGGAAAAGGUAGCAAUGCACGGAAACAAGACUGCUUUUUAGCUGCAGCUUGUGUACUGGUUAUAGUGUUGCUGCCAUGUUACAUUUUGAAAGGGGGGGAUUAUGCCAUUACUGCAUUGAAUUUGUAAUGUGGAAUGAAGAGAAACAGGAUGACUGAAUGUAGGCCAAAUAAAAUGCAUCUUUAAAAGGGCAAAAAUAAGACAGCAGAACUUUUUAGAUGACAGGAGGCAGUUUGGUUUGUAUAAUCUCACAACCCAGAUGACAAGUGUCACUUAAAAAAAAAGCUGCUAUUUGGCAGACAUCUGUGCCAGGUUGGACUGUAUAAAUGCAUAGUUUAGCCAUUAUGAUGUCAGUGGAGGAGUUCUUCUGUACUGGUGAACACAACAAAGGACCAUUUCAACCCUGUUAGAUUUACCCCACUUACUACUAGGCUAUGGUGUAUAAUAAAGAUGAAAACUACAUACAUAUGUACAGGCUACAUUGUAAACAGCACAAAAAAAGCUGAAAAGUGUGGUUGAACUUUUUAAGAAAAUAUUAUAAAUACUGUAAUAUAUCAGUUUAUUUUAUCGGCAUGCCUUUUUGUAAAUACAAGAAUUAAAUAGAAGGCGUCUGGCUUA